AUGUCCCUCUCCGAGCCCCUCCUGGGCGAAACAAGUGAUGCAGAGAAUCAAGAUACCCCGCAGUGGAAGGAGUCGAAGAGGAGGAGACAACACCUACCUCGGAGGAUCGACGAUGUGGGAUCGACUUCAAGAUGGAAGGGCUAUCGGCUGUUCCUCAUGCUCGGAACGGGAGCUUUGCUCCUGCUCGGCUUUGUGCAACUGGUCUCGAUACUGAUCGGCCUCGUUUCGCUGGUCCUCCCUACAGGCGUCGACAAGAUUGUCAGAGAUUGGGGGCGACCCGGCCAUCUUGGAGCCGGGCUUGUCCAUUACCCGACUGAUUUCUCCCGGGAUAUCUUGCCAAAAGCAUGCCACUCGCAUAACGACUACUGGCGCGACGUUCCUCUAUUUUCUGCCAUUCGAUCCGGUUGCAUUGGUGUCGAGGCAGACAUAUGGCGGUUUGAUAAAGACUUGUAUGUCGGCCACUCCAUCACAAGCCUGACGCCCAACCGAACCUUGGCCAGUCUCUACAUCAACCCUCUCCUCGACAUUCUUGAGAAACAAAACCCCACUCCACAAAUCAUGCCAGAUUCUGACAAAAGCCUGCACGGAGUCUUUGACACCGACCAAGCCCAAACCCUUAUCCUCUUGAUCGACUUCAAGACCUACGGUCCCUCAACCUGGCCUGCCAUGUAUUCUGCAUUAGAUCCUCUCCGUACCAAAGGCUAUCUCACCCAUGUUGCCAACAACACCAUUAUUCAGCGCCCUAUCACCGUUGUCGGAACGGGAAACACGCCUUUCGACAAAGUGGUAUCCUUAGACGCGAAUCCACACCAAGACGUCUUCUUCGACGCUCCCCUGGAGCAGAUGUACCUCGGCCCUAAGAACGAGACCGCCCCUCCAAGCCUCCCAAACACCCCAUCAGACUCAGAUCUACGUCCUCGCUCAGCGGAAGAGCCCGUGGAGCAAAGCGGACAAGGUCAAAACGAUACGCCUUCUAGCUCCGACGCAUACAACGAGCUCAACAGCUACUACGCCUCCGUUUCCUUCAACAAGGUAAUCGGUCAUUUGGACCGUGGCGAGUUUAGUGAAGCGCAGCUCGACCUUGUCCGAGGAUAUAUCAAUGGUGCUCAAGCGAGAGGAUUGAAGGCGCGAUAUUGGGAUACGCCUUUCUGGCCCAUCGGGUUGAGGAAUCAUGUAUGGGACACGCUAAUGAAAGAAGGAGCGGACUUUCUGAACGUGGAUGAUUUGGUAGGAGCGACUCAGUCGGAUUGGGGGAAAUGGAAGGGGUGGUGGAGGAGAGGGAAGAGGACAGGAUCGUGGAAGGGGCAUUAA